UCACCGUCCAAGUGUAAGUAUAAAUAAAACGGAUGCACAACUUUUGAAAAGCAAAAACAAAAAGCUAAAAAAAUUUCCAAACCCUCCAAUAUGGAUAUGGAUGGUGAAGUCAUUAGAUUAAUGAAGGUGUUGCUUAUAUGCAUGGCAUCUCUAAUGUACUGCUAUUACAUAGCUUCAAAACUUCCCAAAGGUAAACCCAGGCUUCUUUCUCUCCUCCCAAUCUUCUCUCUCUUUGCAGUCCUCCCUCUCGACCUUUCCUACGUCGUCCUCACGAGUGGUAUCACCAUAUUCGUCACCUGGCUUACGACCUUUAAGCUCAUUCAAUUUUCGUUCGAUUUAGGUCCUCUAGCUUCCGACCCACCAUUGUCAUUCCCUCUUUUUGCCUCCAUUGCUUUCUUACCAACUAGAAUCAAGGAUAUCAAAACAACCCCAUAUGUUCAAAAUCAUAAAAAAGAUUCAAAUGCACCUCAAGAACUUGACCAAGAAACACCACCCAAGUUGCCUCUAAACUUGCCGGCUAAAGCUUUCAUAUUUGCAUUAUUGGUCAUAUGCAAAAACCAUGUUCAUCUUGUCCAUCCCAUUCUAAAGUUAAUCCUCAAUUGUGGAAUAUUGUAUUUCUACUUAGACAUGAUUAUGAGUAUAUCCAACGAGUUUGUUCGAUUGAGUUUCGGUAUCGAGGUCAGACGUUCGUUUGACGAGCCGUAUCUUGCAACGUCGCUUCAAAAUUUCUGGGGCCGGAGAUGGAAUCGAUUGGUAUCUGAAACUUUGCACAACAUGAUCUAUAAGCCAAUUCGUUACGACGUUGGGAGCCCUCGAUGGAUGGCGGUGUUUGUGGUGUUCGUGGUGUCAGGUUUGAUGCAUGAGCUUUUGUUCUACUACAUCAUCAGAGUGGUUCCAACUUGGGAAGUCACUUGGUUCUUUGUUAUUCAUGGAGUAUUUGUGGCUUUGGAGAUUGAAUUGAAGAGUGCAUUAGGGAAAAAAUGGCAGUUCCAUUGGGCAGUGACGGGACCCCUCACGAUGGCAUUUAUGGCGGUAACCGCUCAUUGGUUGUUCUUUCCACAACUAUUAAGGAUGAAGUACUCUCCGUUGUGGCAAGCGUGAUGGAUAAUUUUCUACUACUCUCCUAGUACACAUAUUCCUUCCAUUUACACUAUAAAUCUUUACUUUGUUACUUAGACUAUAAUGCUUUAAUCUUGCUAGAGACCACACAUCAUUACUAAAUGGUGAUGACAUGGUUUAUAAUAAAUGGGAGUAGUAUCGUACUAUUGUAGUCUAGGAAAAUUUCUAUUGAGCAACCAGAAUCAUUCUUCUUUUUACCUAAAUUAUUUUAGGAUUUUCAUGGAUCUACUUAAGUUAGUUUAUGUUCUUCUUAGAGUUAGAACAAUAUGCAGAGUUUAUGAAUCAAAAUUUGAGUGUGAGAUAACGUAGACUCAUUUGUUCUGAGUUUUAGGAACAAGAAAGCUGGAUUAACCACUAAAAUAUGUCAAACACUCGGGUGAAUGAUUUUUUUUUUCUGUACUAUGUUCCGUUU